AAGAGGGUGUUGCGUAUGAAGCUGGGUUGUGAGGCUUUUGUGUAUUUUUGGAGACGGGGGAUGUGGCGAAGGAGGUGGUGAGGAUUACGGAUGGAAAAGGGAGUAAGCAGGCGUGUGAUUCGGCGCCCUUUAUGGUGAGGGUGGUGGGACGGGUGAUGUGUGUUGGGCUUCCUCCGGCGGGGUGUAUUGUAGGAGCAGAUCUGUUGUGGUAUGUCGCGAAGAAUUUGCAUAUUAUCGGUACCGCCGUAGGUUCGAUGCUAGAUACACAAGAGGCGUUGAGCUAUGCAGCGAGGGGUUUGCUUAAACCAUCACAUGAGAAGUUCUCAUUCGUUCAACUCCCAGAAGCAGUAGACAAAUUUCGUAAAGGUCAAGUCGCUGGAAGACUUGUUGACUUUAAUUCAAAAAAAAAAAAAAGGCGGCUACCCCCCCGUGAGUGGAUGAAGCAUAUGGGAUGACCUGGAGAGGUACCAGAGUAGUCCAAGACGUUGAAUUUAGGUCUCGUCCAAAAUUUAAGCAUGCAUGGAAACGCUCCCAACAGUAGCGAACCAGUGUACACAGAG